UUUCGCAGUUGUCAGUCAAAACGCUUUGUCAGGCCGGCGAGCACAUCAAUAAGCGGCAAAAAAAUACGUUUCAAUCGCAAUUUUAUUUCUCGAUUUUCCCGUCCCCCGCCCCCCACAAUCCACAUACCAGUGCCGCCGCAGUGCGUGCGGAUCCAACAAAAUAUUUGCAUGUAAAAGAAUUUUCCAGCCCAGCUGCAGAAGAGAGGAGGAGGAGGAAGCAAUACACUGACAAGAGAAAGCGCUGCCAUGUCUGAGCGGGACUACAAUGGCGAGCCGGGCUGCCGCACUCCGGCGGAGCUGAGCAAAUCCUAUCGCCACUUCUGGGACCCCACUGCAUACUGGCAGUGCUCCAAGGAGCAGGAGCAGGCGGCACAGCUGAAGCGCUGCCCCGCCAAUGAGCUUUACUACGACAAGGCGCAGCGGUGUGUGCAGUGGAAGGAUUGGCAUUGGACGGAGCCGCAGGAGCCGCCCACAAAGCCACGCAAAUAAAACAUGGCGCAUGUAUUGAAACAAAUUGUCGAAAAUAUAAUUAAAAAGCGUUUUCCGCGA